CGGUCGUGGCACACUCCUUUCCUUCUAUGCCCCCCUCGCACUUACAGUAGUGAGAGACCGAGAAAAAAAAUGGUAGGAAAAAAUUCACAAAUCCUAAUCUCGAUCGAUCGCCUCUGAACUUCGAUCGGAGGCGAUCGAUCCGAUCCUCCGCUCCGAUCGCCUCCGGCUGGAGGUUUUUGAUAGAAACUAGGGUUCUUGGACGGAAAUAUGAUGGCGCGGGAGGGGUGGGCUGCGGCAUUGAAUGUCCAUGACGCGGCGAAGAAGAAGGCAGCGGCGUCGACGAGGAGCUGGAUUAUGUUGGACUCCACUGGGAAGGCGGAGAUCCUGGACGUGGACAAGUAUGCCAUCAUGCACCGUGUCCAAAUCGACGCCCGGGACCUCAGGAUCAUUGAUCCCCUGCUUUCCUAUCCCUCCGCCAUCUUGGUACGGGAGAGGGCCAUUGUUCUCAAUCUCGAGCACAUUAAAGCGAUAAUUACUGCAGAAGAGGUGUUGCUCAGAGAUCCUUACAACGAGAAUGUAAUCCCGAUAGUGGAGGAGCUUCACAGACGAUUGGUACAAGGUGAAAUGAGUGGACAGAAUGAGAUUGAAGCUGCUGAAGAAGAUGGCACAAGGUGGCUGCCCCACGAUGCAAACCCACAUCAUCAUUGUUGUCAACCAAAGCCUUCUACGACAAAAAUGCUAAAAGCUGAAUCUCCGUUUGAGUUUCGGGCCCUCGAAGUUGCUUUAGAAGCAAUUUGCAGCUUUCUUGAUGCACGUGCAACAGAACUGGAAACUGCUGCAUACCCAGCGUUAGAUGAGCUGACCGUCAAGAUUAGUAGCCGUAACCUGGACAGGGUGCGCAAGCUUAAGAGUGCAAUGACAAGGUUGACUGCUCAUGUACAAAAGGUCCAGGAUGAACUUGAACAGUUACUUGAUGAUGACAAUGAUAUGGCCGAUCUUUACUUGUCAAGAAAGAUGGCUGGAGCACCCUCCCCUAACAGCAAUGCUGGUGUGCCUAAUUGGUUACCUGCUUCACCAACGAUAGGUUCAAAAAUAUCUAGGGCAAGCAGAGCAAGUGCAGCAACAUUUCAUGGAAAUGAGAGUGAUGUGGAGGAGCUUGAGAUGUUACUUGAGGCUUACUUGAGCCAGAUCGAGGGCACCUUGAACAAAUUGACCACGCUGCGGGAAUACAUCGAUGACACAGAGGACUACAUCAAUUUUCAGAUUGACAAUCACCGGAAUCAGUUAAUUCAGUUAGAGCUUUUCUUGAGUGCUGCCAAUGUUGUACUCACUUUCUGCUCGCUAGUUGCUGGGAUUUUUGGCAUGAAUAUCCCAUAUUCAUGGAAGGAAAACCAUGGUUACAUGUUCAAAUGGGUGGUUGGCGUAGCAGGACUGGUGUCUGUAUCGCUGUUCAUUUUUAUUGUUUCUUAUGCUCGCUGUGGAGGUCUUAUUGGGUCUUAAAGAGGUAAGAUAAAAUGGUCUUCAUGAGGAGCUUGGUGGCUGGGUCGCAAUAGCGUUCCACUUCCAUUUUCAUCAUCUAUGCAAGCUUUACUGAACAAUUGUUGUAUUAUUUCUAGUUUGCUCUGUCAGUUUGUAAGCAUUUGUGGCUUCAGAUUUGAAUUUAGGCUGAUGCAACACAUGAUUUCAAUAAGAAAAUCAGUAUAAUUUUUGGUGUUUAUUCAGAAAUCAAGUUAUUUAUACAAACUGGAACUUCUUGAAA